AUUCAUUGUGUAUUUCACUAUUUUCUCAGGGACAUCUUUCUUUGCUCAUUCAACUGUGCAGAAAGAAGACCAUGCUCCCUAUUUGGUAUACCUCAAGUCUCACUUCAAUCCCUGUGUGGGUGUGCUCAUCAAAACCAGCUGGGUUCUGGCCCCAGCUCACUGCUACUUGCCAAAUCUGAAGCUGAUGCUGGGAAAUUUUAAGAGCAGAAUCAGAGAUGGGACAGAACAGACUAUUAGCCCUAUCCAGAUUAUCCGCUACUGGAAUGUUAGCCACAGCUCCCCACAGGAUGACCUCAUGCUCAUUAAAUUGGCUAAGCCUGCCACCCUCAACCACAAAGUCCAGCUCCUUCCCCUUGCCACCAGCAAUGUCCAGCCAGGCACUGUCUGUAUGCUGUCAGGUUUGGACUGGAGCAGGGAAAACAAUGGCAGACAUCCUGACUUAAGGCAGAACCUGGAGGCCCCUGUGAUGACUGACAAUGACUGCAAGAAAACAGAGCAAGGAAGCCGUCACAGGAACUCUCUGUGCAUUAAAUUUGUGAAAGAAUUCAGCAGAAUUUUCGGGGAGGUGGCAGUCGCCACUGUCAUCUGUAAAAACAAGCUCCAGGGAAUCGAGGUUGGGCACUUCAUGGGAGGGGAUGUCGGCAUCUACACCAAUGUCUACAAAUACGUGUCCUGGAUUGAGAACACCUCCAAGGAUAAGAAAAAAUAA